AGCGAAACAUGCUGUGGCUGACGGCCGCCGUCAGCGUCCUCUGCCACCUGCCUAGGACCGACGCAUCCGGAAAAUGGACGCAGUUGUUUCCGACAACGUUGGCGGAGCCACGCGCUCGGGACGCCAUGGCGUUCCAAGUCGUUGGCGACGAAGCGAUCGUGUUUGGUGGUGCGGGCAACGGCAACAACCUUGCCUUUGACGACACGUGGAAGUUUGAUUUGGUGCGCAACGAAUGGUCGCAAUGCAGGCCCCAAACUCGACCGACUGCGCGCUAUAGCCACGUCGCGGCGACCAACGACCGCAGCGUGUACGUCUUUGGCGGCAUGGUCGUCGACCCGAGCACGCGCAGCGGCUUUCGCUCGGCAAACGACCUUUGGCGUUUGGACGUCGGGACGUGCGAGUGGGCUCCCAUCGCCACUAUCGACAGCGCGCCAGCCGCUCGGAGCGAAGCCGCCGCGGUCUCACUACCGUCGGCGAUGGUCAUCUUUGGCGGCCUCACGAUUGCAGGCGGCUCUGCCGUCGACCGGAACGACGUGUGGUCCCUCGACUUUAAGACGCUGCAAUGGACGCUCAUGGCGGUGGAUCGCAACAAGCCGUUGCCCUCGCCGCGCUUCUCGCACAGCAUGACAACGACCACCGUCGGCGGUGUCUUGACGCUUGUGGUGUUUUCUGGCCGCCAUUUGAGUGGCGCGACGUGGUCCCUUUUAAACGACGUGUGGCUCCUACCGCUGACGACGAACGCCGAGCGUGCGUGGAUGAUGGUGCCGACGGUGCAGCCGCCCAUGAGCCGCAUCUUCACAGACGCCGUGACCAUCCAAGGCGCGGUGUGGCUCUAUGGGGGCUUCAGUCUUCUCUCGGACCGCAGCCAAGACGCCAUCGCGUACGACGAUACGCUGGCGGGAAUGCUCGGUGCUCUGCCCAAGACCCUUUCGUUUGGGAGCGACUCGUCGUCGCAAAUGAUGGUCAACGAGCCGUCUGCGCGCUACGACCACCGCUCCGCCGUGUGGCGCGACCAGCUCCUCGUAUACGGCGGUCGGUUCCAGUUUUGCUUCAGCGACCUCUGGCUUCGCAACACGUCGUCGCCGCCCACAUAUUGGGCGGGAACUGCGGAUGCGUCGUCCACCGAGUAUAUUCUCAUCUUCGUCCAAGGCGGCAUCAUUCUGGUCAGCGCCAUCAUCUUUCUCGUCAUUGCAGCAAAGCUCAUUUACCUCAAGUGCUAUCGUCACCCACCGGUCGGUCGGGUGGCUCCUUUGGGCCCCACACCGCGCCGCGGUCUCACAAAGGACCAAAUGGCGGCGUUCCAGCGCGCCAAGUUUACGACGACCGAUGCGACGGAAGAGCUCUGCCCCAUCUGCUUGGUGGAUUUCGAGGACGGCGAGACGUUGGUGGUCCUCAACUGCACGCACCCCUUCCAUGGCGAGUGCAUAGCGUCGUGGCUAGCACAAAACCAAACGUGCCCGAUGUGCAAGCGCGAUGUUCUCGCAUCGUGUUCAACGCCUGGUGUUGUCGCGCCCAUGCUGGACAACAGCAACACGCUCGACGACAACACCCUAAUUGCGACCGACCUCUAA